CGAGUGCCCUGCAGGUGACCCAGGAGCCGAGCGAGAUGCAGGUGACAGCAGGUGACAGGGUGGUCCUGCAGUGCCAGGUGGAGGUGGCUGAGCCCUGGGACCUGCUGCGGGUGGACUGGGUGCAGGAUGGGGCCCAUGGGGUGCUGUGCACCAACCGUUGGAACCACAGCACCCUGACCCCCCCACCCUGCUGCACCUCCGACCUCUGCACGGCCUGGCACCCCGACGGGGCCACCCUGAGCCUCCUGCGGGUGCGGGAGGACCACGCUGGGCACUACCUCUGCAAGGUCACCGUGGAGAUCCCUCACCUUGUCAUGGCCACCAGCAAUGGCACCACGCUCAGCGUCACCCCCGCGGCCACGGUGACACCAG